UGUUUUUGCGGCAAAUUAAUGUCAAAAUUUUAAAGUAACAAAAAUAGUCAACCAUUUCUGCCCAUAAUACAGGUGGAAUAAUUAAAUAAUUUAAAUUGCGAUAAUGGCACUUCUGAAAGGUUGGCGAUAUGGAGUUUUCAUAUCAGGAAUUGUUGGGUUAAUUGGACUUGCUAUAUAUCCGGUUGUCAUAGAUCCUAUGCUACACACAGAUAAAUAUAAAGAAGUACAGAAACACAAUAGGGCUGGAGUAAAUCAAGAAGCGAUACAGCCAGGAAACAUGAAAGUGUGGUCUGAUCCCUUUGGCAGGAAAUAAUACAUAAAAUGUUUUAAGUAGUUAAUUUAAAUAAAUGUCGUUUGUGUUACAUUGACACUAAAUAA